CCAACACGUUGUGGUUCCUUUUAGUAAUUUCUGGGAAUUGGCAAGAGGAGAAGCCGUUCAAGAUGGAUGUGAUUGUGUUUUUGGAGCCUUGAAUUGUGUCUAUGAGUGACUGAAGGCUUCCAGGAUGUCAGCUGACGACUUUGUGCACUACGAUUCCUUUAGUGAGGAGGACGAAGACGAAAUAGUAGAUUGGCAACUACCACUAUGUUUUAUGAAGAAGCGCCACAGAGAACAGAUCGAAGGUUCCAGAUCUUUAGCUCAAACGUGGCGUAUGAAGGAGCGAAUGAAGACCGUCAGUGUAGCACUAGUGUUAUGCCUAAACAUUGGGGUCGAUCCACCAGAUGUCGUAAAAACCUCACCUUGUGCAAGAAUGGAGUGCUGGAUCGAUCCUUCAUCUAUGAGUCCGCAGAAGGCUUUGGAAAUUGUUGGAAACAAAUUGCAGGAACAAUAUGAACGUUGGCAGCCAAGAGCUCGUUACAAGCAGAGUCUUGAUCCCACUGUUGAAGAAGUAAAGAAAUUGUGUUCCUCAUUACGACGAAAUGCAAAGGAGGAGAGAGUACUUUUCCAUUACAAUGGACAUGGUGUUCCAAGAGCAACAGCAAAUGGGGAGAUUUGGGUCUUUAACAAAAGCUACACUCAAUAUAUUCCAUUGUCAGUGUAUGACCUACAGACGUGGAUGGGAAGUCCUUCAAUCUUUGUCUAUGAUUGUAACAAUGCUGGACUUAUAGUGCAGUCAUUUAUUCAGUUUGCUGCCCAGCGUGAGCAGGAACAGGAGCGCUGCUUGGCUCAGGGUACCCCUAUCCCUGUCCCACAUGUGGUUAAAAACUGCAUCCAACUGGCAGCAUGUGAUGCAAAUCAGCUACUGCCAAUGAACCCAGAGCUUCCUGCUGAUCUGUUCACUUCUUGUCUGAGUACGCCCAUUAAAGUGGCACUGCGAUGGUUUUGUAGUCAAAAAAGCAGCAAGCUGGUUCCUGGUGUCACCCUUGACUUGAUCGAAAAGAUUCCAGGUCGCCUAAAUGACAGAAGAACACCCCUAGGAGAACUGAAUUGGAUUUUCACCGCAGUUACUGAUACCAUUGCAUGGAAUACCUUACCAAGAGAGCUCUUUCACAAGCUAUUCAGGCAGGAUCUGUUGGUAGCAAGCCUGUUCAGGAACUUCCUUUUAGCAGAGAGAGUGAUGAGGUCAUACAACUGUACACCUGUGUCUAGUCCCAGACUUCCCCCAACGUACAUGCAUCGAAUGUGGCAAGCUUGGGAUUUAGCAGUUGACAUUUGUUUGUCCCAAUUACCAGAUGUGAUUGAAAACCUAGGGAAUUUUAAGCAUAGUACAUUCUUCACAGAGCAAUUGACUGCAUUCCAGGUGUGGCUAGCCAUGGGUGCAGAAGACAGGGACCCCCCUGAACAGCUGCCAAUUGUUCUACAAGUGCUACUGAGUCAAGUGCAUAGAUUGCGAGCUCUUGAUCUACUGGGGAGAUUCUUGGAUUUGGGGCCUUGGGCUGUAAAUCUUGCACUUUCAGUUGGCAUCUUUCCUUAUGUGCUUAAGCUUCUCCAGAGUUCAGCAAGAGAGUUGAGGCCUUUGUUAGUGUUCAUCUGGGCCAAAAUUUUAGCAGUUGAUAGUUCUUGUCAAGCUGAUCUAGUCAAAGACAAUGGACACAAAUACUUUUUAUCUGUGCUAGCUGAUGGGUACAUGCGGGCAGAGGAUCGAACAAUGGCAGCAUUUGUUCUGUCAGUGAUUGUGAAUGAAUAUCCAGUUGGUCAGGAAGCCUGUGUUCAAGGCAAUUUAAUUGCCAUCUGUCUGGAGCAGCUGACUGAUCCCCACCCUCUAUUGCGACAGUGGCUUGCUAUCUGUCUUGGUCGGGUGUGGUACCAUUAUGAAGCUGCCAGGUGGUGUGCAGUAAGGGACAGUGCCCCUGACAAACUGUACUGCCUUCUUUCUGAUCCUCUUCCAGAGGUACGCGCUGCAGCGGUGUUUGCCUUGGGACGAUUUGUAGCCAACAGUGGGGACAGAUCUGACCAAGCCAAUCAGAUUGACUUUGGAGUGGCCAUGACUCUGACCCAACAGUCCUUGGAUGGAAGUCCGCUCGUUAGAAAGGAACUGGUUGUCGCUCUCCACGGACUGGUGCUGCAGUUUGAAACCAACUUUGGCGUGGUGGCUCUGCAAUUCUUAGAAGAAGACCGUCAAAGGGAGAAUGCACCCCCAGCAGCGGCAAUUACACCCAGUGGCUGGAUUGUGGUCGGCUCUGGCCCUUCUUCAGGAUUGGAGCCCAUUACGCACAUGAGCCCCAGCAGUGGAGUCAAGAACACCAAAGGAAUACGCUCCAGCUUUUCAACGUCGAAUCUCAAUACUUUCGCUGCUAAUCCUCCUGUUGUUAGUGGCCAGCAUAUGUCAUCGUCACUAAUGACUUACAGUAGUAGUAGUGGCAGUUCUGGUAGCAAUGAUUUUAUUCCUGGCAUGAAAGAUCUGCGGCGGACAGGCUCACAAAAUUCACUGUCUUCAAGCUUUCAGUCUAAUGUUUAUGCUAACGUAUGGAAGGCUCUGCUCAAUCUGUCAGUUGAUCCAUUUGUGGGUGUUGCAGAUCUCGCCAAAAAGAUCGUAAAUAGCAUAACUUUGAAGGCCACCAUUGCUGCUUGCCCCAAAAGGAUCGCACAGACGCCGUCAUCCAGCCUUUCUACUUCUGCCCCGUCAUCACCCGGGAGAUUUCCGUACCACGCGGGGUCAGACCCGUGUAUGUCUCCUCCCCCUCAUAGCAACUCCAAUGAAACGCCUCGUAUAAUGAAAAUGGAUCCUAACCAGUCCAAAGGCUCUAACCCCGGUCCCCUUGGGGCAGCAUUUCCUCACUCGUACGAGUUCCAUACCAAACGGAAAAUGUUCGACAAAGGUCCUGAGCAUUCGAAACAGCCAAGUAGCGCAAGUGAAGAUAACGACCAAGAAUCCGACGAAGAAACAGGCUCCUCCAAACCUCCAAUGGUCACCACUAACUUUGCUGACUGGUGUGCCAGCUACUUUGCUCAAUCUGUUACCAAGGUACCAGAAGAACAUGAUCCUCAAAGUCACCUGCACUUCGAAAGAGAGUGGAGAUUUGAAAGAAACUCAAAAGUACGGUGGGAGGCGGCUAAACAACAAGCUAAAAUAGCUUCAGGAAAAAUUGAUGAUCAGAUAUUUAUUAAUAAGAAUGUGAGUGCGCCAGGGGUGUUGAGAUUUCACCCGUAUGAACCACACCUAGCUGUUGCUGAUAGGGGUGGGGUGAGUAUCUGGAAUUGGGCGGAGGGAGUGAAAAUAAACUACAUUCCCAACAACAAUCCUAAAGUGUCGCGCAUCACGAGCAUGCAAUUCCUCAACGCACAUGACUUGACGCUGUUGUUAACAGGAACCGACGAUGGCUCCGUACGAGUAUGGGGAAAUAUCGAGGGAGAAAAUUACGGCGACAAAAGUCUGGAAAUGGUGACAGCAUGGCAAGCUUUGUCCGGGAUGCUUCCGUCCACUCGAGGAAGUGGUUCUGGUCUUGUCGUCGGCUGGGAACAGCAGACCGGCACCCUGUUAGCAUCAGGUGAUGUUAGGUUCAUUCGAGUUUGGGACACUCAUCGAGAGAUGAGGAUGCAGGACAUUCCCACCGGUGCAGACAGCUGUGUGACGAGUUUAGCUUGUGAUUCUGUGGGUAGAUCGCUGCUAGUAGCUGGUUGUGGUGAUGGGUCCGUCAGACUAUUUGAUAGAAGAUUGCCGCCUAGCGACAGCCGAGUAAUGGCGCUUCGUGAGCAUUUAGGCUGGGUUACUGGUGUUUUCUUACAGAAAGGUGGCGAUGGGAACAUCAUAAGUGCAAGUGUCGCUGGAGACGUCAAAUUUUGGGAUCCGCGUUUCACAGAAUCAGUGCGAACCCUGAGAACUAUCGGUAAUGCGGCGGCGUUCGAGGUUCACCAGCAAGCUAAAGUGUUCGCCACUGGUUCUGCAAGUCAAAUGAUCAAGGUAUACAACCUGGACGGAGGGAACCUGAGUACCAUAAGAUAUCACGACGGUUUUAUGGGUCAGCGGAUUGGUCCUAUCAGCUGUCUUGAAUUCCAUCCGCACAGGGUCCAUCUGGCCGCUGGCAGCACGGAUUCUUUUAUCUCGAUCUACUCAACUGAGAAGACUGAAAAGAAGCGGUAGAAGAAAAUUAAAUAUUUGUACAUUGUUUUAAAAAAUGGUGUAGAUAGACGAGUGAUGACCUCUUAAGAAAGGACUCAGAUAUUUGUUAAUAGAGUGCUGAAUUAUCAUUAACUAAGGAGAGGACAGGAUGAAAGCUAAUUUAAAUUUUUAUCGCGGCUGCAAGAAAGGUUGAAAGGCAAACUGGGAAACAAAAGACGUGGUUCGCCCUAGUCUCCCGUUUGUCCGCCCCGUCUGAUCGUGUGGUUUACGUGGAAAUCUCCGAAGGGUUAGUUUUGUUUUAAAAUUGUAGUGUUGCAACCAAAAGAAAUAACUUGUACAGAGCAAAACCGAAGCGGUAGCCCGGUGGAAAGUAAAUUAAAUUUACAGGAAUCAAAAUGAUGCUGAAAACAUCAGGUUAAUGAAAUUUGAAUUUGUGUUCAAAAUAUAUAAACAUUUCUUUAGGUAUUGAAAGAUAUAAAUAUGAAAUUAUUUCACGAAAUUUACGGUAUUUCCAGGACAUAUGGUAGUAUAUACCAAAAUGCAAAAUGACUUGACGUUGAAAAAAAAUCCUAUUCUCGCCAUAUAUUUUAUACAAAACAUAUCACUUGGAGAAACCACAUAUAUUUCCUCAAUUUCUACAACUUGAGUAUUGUUGGAAUCGAGUAAUGAGUUCAUGUUUUACUCGUUUUUAAGAAAAAUUGUGUUUAUGUCUCUUAGCCUUAAGGUAGCAACCAGUAUCAUCAUUCUGUUUGCCUGCAUUUCACGCGUUAUGUUGCUGGGAGAAGAAAAUUUUUAUUCAUUGAUUAUCAGCUUUUUACCUUAACAGGAAAUAGAAGGACGAUUGUAGAGGAUUUGACAAAAUUCUUUCGGUAUUGUUUUUGUUGUUGUUGUUAUUUUUCAAUCCUUAAACGGUCCCGAAGUGAUAAUAUAUAUUUCCUCCUCACAAUAUCGAUACAUUACCCAGUAGGAGCUACUAAGAGUUGCAAAACUUAUCCACUUAUCUUGAUGUGACACUUAAUCCUUCUUACCGCAAUGCAUGGAGAAUAGCUGAGCAGUUCCCUGGAAUGAAAGGGUUAAUUAUUUUUGGUAUUUUACUCGAAGAAGGCAAAGAGAUACUGGGCAUUAACCCUUUAACUCCCAUGAGUGACCAAGACAGGAUUGCUCCUUACAAUAUCAAGACAAUAUCAAUCAGGCGUGUGAUGAGAAUGAGGAAAAAUAUCAAUUUAAGGACUAUAAUCUUGAUCCAAUACCAAAUUCUCUAAAGUAACAUCAUAAUAAUUAUAUAGCAGACAGUAAAGAGAAUUACUGAUGAGAUCAUGGGAGUGAAAGGGUUAAAGGUCAAGAUCUUGGAAAAAUGACCUUAAUGAAUGUACACUACAUGUACGGUACACCUACGUAUUGAGAUUUAAAAUGAAACCUUGGAAAAAUGUAAAGGAAAUGACAGUGGGGGAGUCUAGGGUUACACUGCAAAGCUUUUCCUAGCUAUUGUGGCAAUGAGAACUUUUAUUGUAGUUUGUUGCUGACAGUUUAGAGUGGCAGCAUCGUAUGUGUUUGGUGAAAAGUGGUGUGGGAAAUGCAAUUUCGUUUCCAGGGCCUUUUCUCCAUUCAGCGGAGCUGUUUCCGCAGAGCUCUGUUCAAAACCGAAUAUUUAACUUGCAUGUUAUUGGUGGGUAAAAAUCGUGGCUUUGUGAACGAGAUUGAGUGCAACUUUGCUGGCGAGAGUUGGCGUUCUAUGCGCUACUGUUAAGGCAGUUUAGUGUAAAUUUUCAGAAAACUGUUGUUCAGUUGAGAAAUGUUUUACUAUUCAUAAAAGGAAAAAGCAUCGACAAUUCAAAUAACGUAGUCGCGGGAUGUGCGCAUGUAGACAUCAGGUUCAUCUUUCAUAAUUGUAUUUUUGUACAUAGGGCUAUUUUUAAAAUAAAAUGAAGUACUGAUAAUUAUUUAUUAUCCGUAAUACGAAUUGUGAUGUCUUUUUUUCACUAAAUAAAUAGCCUCUUUUUGUGAUGUAUCAUUCAA